UAUAAUGAAGUGUUGGGUUAUGAUAAGAGACGUUACAUGGUGUCAGGUGUUGUGAGUGAAACUCACGUUGUUCGUAAAGAAAGAACAAGACCGUUGCUAGCAUGUCUGGUGAAGAAGUGAUGUCGUCCGGAGCACCACAGCAGGCAAGAGUUGCUCAACGGUUUCAUGUCAAUAUUCCAUUGCCGGCGAAAUUGGAUUUACGAGGGAAUUUGGCUUCGAAUUGGAAGAGGUUCAAGAGAAUAUGGGAUAACUACGAGAUAGCUUCCCGAUUGCGAAACGAAUCGAAGGAAUUAAGAACAGCAGCGUUGCUCUCUUGCAUUGGAAUCGAAGGGUUUGAAACAUAUGAAGGGCUAGAGUGGGCAAACGACGAUGAGAAAACAGACAUAGAUAUAGUCCUGGAAAAGCUUAAAACUUUUUAUGUUGGAGCUACAAAUGUUAUCUACGAGCGAUACAAUUUUAACCGACGAGUACAAGAGCCAAGUGAGUCCUUUGAAGCGUAUGUCGUAGCGUUAAGAGCCCUUGCUAAGUCAUGUAAUUACGGACAUUUAGCUGACGAUUUUAUACGCGAUAGAAUAGUCGUGGGAGUUCGAGAGAAUAGUUUACGAAAGAAAUUACUUCAAACGAGGCAUUUGACGUUGAGGAAGUGCAUAGAUAUCUGCCGAGCGAGUGAAACUACAGACCAGCAGUUAAAAAGUAUGUCUCAAACCGAUGAGGUUCACGCCCUUUGCACAAAAUUAGGUGGAAAGAAAAAUAGAGAGCCAACGAAGUGGAACAAAGGGAUUAGUCCAAGAGCAACUGAGGAAAAGAAUAUUCAUGGAGUUGAAAAGCAGUCUGAAAGUGAGGACGAAGAUUACGUCCUGACAGUUAAAGAAGAAUCAGUCAUGUCUGUCGGCGAAACCAAGUUUCCCAAGAGAAUAUUUGCUCAUAUGUUGCUAAAUGAAACGAUUGUGAAGUUCCAGUUAGACAGUGGGGCGACGGCGAAUGUUCUACCGUUGCAGUUGUAUCGAGAAAUCUUUAAGGAUCCUGAGCUUGAGCACUUGAAGAAGACAGAAACGACAUUGGUGAUGUUAAAUAAAUAA